UAUAUAUAUAUACACAACAGCCGAUUCCAAAGACGUGAGAGACUGUGAGGGGCAAAGCAGCCAUUACCACAUGACUCACUAACGCCAUCAAGAACAACAUAUAAGAUUUUCUUUCAUAACCCCAUGAAACGAUUCUGCUUCUAAGCUUUUGUUCUUGAUGCUUGUAUAUUAAUAUAUAUACUUCUCUCUGGAAACAAACCUCGCUGUCAGAGCUGACUUAUAGCGUCAGGCUUUUGGCCUCUUUCACAGGAUUUUAACCUCAUCCUUGUUCAUAUUCAAAAAUUCAAAAACAUUACUUGUACACACAAGAGAAAACAUCAAGAAAAGGGGGAAAACUUCUGGUCUGACCUUGUUUGUCAUCUCUGUGAUUGAUCAAAAUCCUCCCUUCUGCUUCAUAACUGUCAAUUGAUCCAAGAAAAUGGGUCUCUCAAGCCUUCCAGCCCCAUCUGAAGGAGUACUCUGUGUGCUUUUGGUAAACACUGCCUUAUCAAUCUCCAUUUUCAAAGGGAUAGUCCGGUCGAUCCUUCACAUGGUUGGCAUCCGUUUAUCAUCCUUCUCCUCAUCAUCAUCUUCAACCUCCUCACCAGAUUACAGUGAAGACCCCGCUGAUUCAUUUGAAUUUCCUUUACCUCCAUCAGACACUUACAUUAGGGAGUUCCGGAGUAGGAGUCCUGCAACAAGAUUUGAUGCAGUGUGUAGCUGUAAACAGUCUCAGCAUGACUGCCCAGUUUGCUUGACUCAAUUCGAGCCAGACUCGGUGAUAAAUUGCUUAUCUUGUGGCCAUCUUUUUCAUAAGGUGUGCUUGGAGAAGUGGUUGGAUUAUUGGAAUGUUACCUGUCCGCUUUGCAGGUCUCCUGUGAUGCCUGAAGAAGAGGAUACAUCUUGCUUUUGGUGAGCAUAUACGAAAAGUUUGUUAGUCUCAGGAAAUGUUCAUGUCAGCGUGUAGUGUACAAGUACUUUACUUGAGUGUAUCAGCCAGGGCAUGAUGUUGUAUACUUGUGUUUUGCACGAGAAAGUUCAUUACGGAUCCUUGAGAGACCAUAAAAUUUUGUCAUACAUAUUGCAAGGUUUAUGAUGUUCUAUGAAUAUAUCCAACUUUGGUUACCAACUCUUUCCUUUUAA